ACUAUAUACUAUCAUGUCAGGAGUUAAAGGAGGUCAUGGGGGGAAGAGCCAACAAGGACAACUGGGAUACCAUGGAGGUGCUGGACAGGAGAGCCAACAAGGUCACCAUGGAGGUGAUGGCCAGCAGAGCCAAUCAGGUAACCAUGGAGAUGCUGGCCAGCAGAGCCAACUAGGUCACCAUGAAGAUGCUGGUCAGUGCCAAUCAGGACACCAUGGAGGUGCUGGACAGCAGAGCCAGCAAGGUCACCAUGGAGGUGCAGGCCAACAGACCCAACAAGGUCACCAUGGAAGUGCUGGUCAGAGCCAAUCAGGACACCAUGGGGGUGCUGGCCAACAGAGUCACCAUGGAGGACCUGGCCAACAGAGUCAACAGGGUCACCAUGGAUGUGCUGUCCAACAGAGCCAGCAUGGUCACCAUGGAGGUGCUGGCCAACAGAGCCAACAAGGUCACCAUGGAGGAGCUGGCCAACAGAGUCAUCAAGUUCACCAUGGAGGUACUGGCCAACAUAGCCAACAAGGUCAUGAUGGUGGUGCUGAAACGCAAAGCCAACAAAGUCACCAUGGAGGUGCUGACCAACAGAGCCAUCAAGGUCACCAUGGAGGUGCUGGUCAACAGAGUCAUCAAGGUCACCAUGGAGGUAAUGGCCAAAAAGGUCAUGAUGGUGGUGCUGUAA